GAAAGCCUCAUUUACAGCAAGAGAAUUAUAGUGUGAAUGUGAUCCUACCUGUCAGUUUAAAAUUUUGAAUUAUUAUCCGCAACAUAAGUGUGCAAUAUUUGUUUUCGUUUUUCCUAGUGAUUUUUUACGAUAACAACAAUGGCUUUUAUGAUGCCAGUGGUAAAAAACGAUUGGGAUAUUUACAAAUCCAAUCGUUCCAGAAGAGUUUCGGAAUGCUCGAACGCAACUUCUUGCCGGUCAAGAAAAGUAUCCGAGUGCAGAUCUGAAGGGCCUAGUUUAUCAACAUCGCCUGGGUCCGACUUUAUUACGUCUCCAACUCACCGCUCUGUGCCGGCAAACAUGUCUUCAAGACAAUACUCCAGGGCAAGUUCUAGAACCAGCGAGGGCAGUCUGCAAAGUCCUGUGAAAAGUGUAUCCUCAUCUCCUCCCAAAAGUGGAUCAACAGCAAGUCUCAACAAGUUUCACACCAGGCUGCUGGACAAGCUGAAGAGGUCUUUGAGAACCAAAGACUCGGAUAACGAGAGGACUAGUUCAUGAGAUAAGGAUGAGGUUUCUCCCACAGAGAAGGACUCGGACUCCACCUCCUAGUGAAAUGAAGACUUUAGGUCAAUGACUACGUUGUAUUAACGGCCGAAGCUAACCGGACUGCGCUACGUAUGUUCAGGUAUAGCAAAUGAUAUGUUGUCCUGUGAUAUGUAGAUUAUUUUAGAAAAUGUAUAUACUUAUUGUAUCUAGCUUUAAAUUUAUUUACAAAGGCUAGCUCGGUCGACUUAGUGAGAUUUGUAUGGUGGGAUGAUAUUUUGUUUACCAAAUAAUAUUUUUGAUCUCCAAAAUGUCUAAAUUAAUCUAAGAAAGAUAUUUACUAUUCUGUGGAUCAUCAAGGCACAAAAUUUGUUGUUUAAAUAGAAAUCGUCAAUUGUCAUCCUGCUGUAGUUGAGGGACUGUUUAGAAGUUAAUAAAGGUAGCUUAAAAAUGACUUAAACGAAAGACUGUAAAGAGGAGGCAUACUUAAGGAGUUUAUAAUAUAAACAAUAUUUGCUUGUUAAUAUCAGAUAGGCUGUAGUAUAUAAAUGUAAUAAUUGGUAUCUAGAGGGGGAUAUUUUUAGUGUGAGGAUGACCAAUAUUCUGGUGCCCAAAUGUACCGAUCUACCACUAAAAAACACUGCCCUCAUCGGUUUUAUAUAAACAUUCCAGUUUUAAUAUUGUAUAUCGCAUCUAACGAAUUUCCUACAUGUACAAUAAUAUUUCAAAAUAAAUUGUUUGGUCAUGAUAUAUACCUUGUUCGAUUUAUUUCUGCAUUGUCAAUGUCUAAUAUGUAUUGGAAGUGUGCUAAAUAUUGUGAAACCAUUGUAUUUGUUUUUAUUGAGAUUGAAUAAAUAAGUUGGAAAAA